GUUUGUUGUAGCCCUUUAAAUCGUCAGCUGGUUGAGUUGUGUUUGUGAUCUGGGUAGCCUGCUUGCCUUCUCCUGUUGAAUUUAGUUUAUAAUCAUAAAGUUGAAGACAACCUGUCGCGUGAACUCUUCUUAACAGAACUGUAGAAGUAAUCUGUAUCUAAGAUGCCUCUCAAUGAACGUCCUUCAGGGAGUGAUGACCAAAGAAGCGACACUGAGUCAUCUGGUCGUUCUGACAGUAUGAUGAGUGACAGUGAGUGCUUCAGGCAGAGUUUUACUAGUGAAUCAUCAAGCAAACCAGACUCUCCAGCCACAAGCCCUCCAGCGCUGAUAACAUUUGACAAAAUGAUGGCUUCUGCAGGCAAUCUGUUUAACUUGACCUUGGCCCACGAGAUUGUUGCAAAUGACAAUUUUCAUUUGGAAAACCUUGACCCACCUCAAAACAGUUUAGAGAAACGAGUGAAAGAAGUUGUUCAUCAAGCAUUCUGGAACCGUCUUGAAGCUGAUCUCAGUGAAGACCCUCCAGAAUAUGAACAUGCCAUCAAGCUUUUGCAGGAAAUCAGAGAGAUUCUGCUUUCAUUUCUGACACCAGAAAAUUAUCCUAAUGUAAAUCGCCUUAGGAAACAGAUCUGCGAAGUGCUAGAUAUGGACCUAAUAAGACAAGAGGCAGAACAUGGUGCUGUUGACAUUUAUGGACUGGCAAUGUACAUCAUCAACACUAUGCUAAAGUUGUGCGCACCAGUCCGAGAUGAAGAUGUAAAGAAACUCAAAAUGACUACAGACAUUGUGCAGCUUUUAAGGGAUAUAUUCCAUGUCUUGGACCUAAUGCAAAUGGAUAUGAUUAACUUCACAAUCAGAAAUCUUCGGCCAUACCUUCAGCAGCAUUCAGUGGAAUAUGAGAGAGCCACAUUCCAGGAUAUUCUUGUUAAAACACCCAAUGGUCUACAGUUCACUACAGAAUGGAUAAAGGAGUCCUGUGAAGAAGUUUCUGCUUCACCGACUUCUUCCAAUCCACCAUCGUCAUCAUCAUCUUCAUCAUCAUCAUCAUCAUGUGCUACAGAAAACAAGUCUUCUGUUUCUGCUGUGACCCCCAUUUCUGUUCUCAACCAUGGUUUUCUGAAACUGAUGCAGUGGGAUUACCAGAAAAAAGUUAUGCCAGAGACUCUGAUGACAGAUGAAUUGCGCUAUCGAGAGUUGAAAGAAAAACUGGAUCCUCUGAAACUGACUGCUGCUGUGCUGCUAAUAACCUAUAACCUGGUAGGACAAGCAAUUACAGAUCUGCCAGAUUUGGCUGAACGAUUAAAAAGAGUAACAAUUGUUCUUCUUGAAGGAAUGCACCUCAGCACUUUUGAUGUAGAUAUGGCACUUGAAAACAUAAGCAUUCAGAUUUGCUCUCAGGUGAAUAGCUCUUUAACAGAGCGAGGAUUUCCUGUUCUAAGUGAUGAAGUCCAAACCAACCUGAAGGGGCAGAUCUGCAGCAUCACCAAGGAGAACAACACUGUCCGUUUACUUAUUGAAAAUCGAAUCCAACUAUACUUGAAAAAUGCUCUCAGCACUCCUGAUGCCAGUAAGCUACAACCUGUAUUGCAGGGAGGCCUUGCACAUAUCCAGACAGAGCUGGAAAUGAUAGCAGCUCAGUUUGUUGCCUUAGUAAACUACAACAUGCAAGUUUAUGGACCCUUUUAUGCUGAUAUCCUUCGGAAGGUGCUUUUCAGUGAGACUUCAAAGGAGACAACAGAUGACAAAGCCCCACAGCUUACAGCAGGAACUCGAUAAAAGUGAUCAUUCUUCGCUUUUUUUUGAUGGGUUUAGUCACCAGUGCAGUACUAUCCUAUUAAAACAUAAAGGGGCUACACAUUCACCCCCACCCCAAAAAAUGUCAUUAGGGAAAUGAUGUUUGGUAAUUUACAUUUUUUUGGAUGGGGAGCGGAAGUGUUACAUAUUUAUUUUUUUCUAGGUAGAAAAGUGAAAAUUACACAGGGCAUUUUGUAAUCUGAACUGGCUUACUGACUUUGCAAAGGGUCAGAAUAAAGUAAUGUCAACCCAC